AUGUCCGACUUCGAGGACUAUGCAUACUCACCCUACGAUGACUUCGAAGAUCUCCUGUACGACGCCGAUCCAGCGCCAGAGCUGGCCGACGACCUUGCCGAGCAUGCCGUCCACAGUCCCGUCUGGGAAGGGGAGAUUGCAGGAUCAGAACUUCAGGACUACUUCAGCGAUUGGGAAUACUAUUCGGACGAUUACAUGGACGACGAUCCUGUAUUGCUGAAGGCGAAUCCUCAAGUCGGAAGUCCCCCCAAGAAUCCAUUCAAACGGACAAAUGAUGAGAACCAACGGGCGAAACGAGGGAAGAAGAGGAAACUGGCCGAAGCAACAGAGAAGCCAUCCCCGGAUGCUGAAGAUGCAGACUUGAUAACGCGGUGCAUCAGAGGCACGGUUUGGGCAAAGCCAACUGCGCGGGGUCCGCCGCCUUACAAGGCAGGCCAGGAAAGUAGGGUGGCUUUGAUGAAGAAUUGGAAGGAAGCAUUUGCCAUUACUGACAACGGUUGGCAUCGGAACAAAUCCAACAUGAAUGACGAUGAGUCCUGGGCCAAAGAUAUGAGCUUGGAGGAUAUGGGGUUGAAGAACGUCCAAGGACCGCCUAUUGCACAGGAACGAGAGCCUCAAGAGGCGGUAUCCGACGAGGGCUCGCAGGACGAAGAAGAUGACCUGCAGAAUGAGAUGGAGGAGGUUUCUCUGGAGGAGUCUCGCAGCAACGUUCUCCCUGUUGGGUCGGAAGGAGUUAGUGGGGACGAGCUCCCUCGAAAACGCCGUCGGAUCAAACCAGAUGUUCCGUCGCCGCCACGCACGAGCUCAGCGGAGGUAAUUGAGUCGGAAGACACCCAGACCGGGUCUACUCACACAGGGCAAUCUACUGGAAAGGCCACCGACAAAACGCCCUCUGUGGAAGAAGCAGACGAGAACCGAACUGCACCGGUGAAAACACCGGCGUUGAAUGGAUUGAAUUCAAGUCGAAGCAGGAAAAGGAAGGCCGAGAAGGACGAUUACAAUGGGGAGGCAGGACCUCUCAAAUCCACUGCAAGCAGCCGCGCGAAGAGAGUCGCAUCGACGAAAUCGAAGACCAUUCCAGCGCCGGCUCCCAAUCCUCGACAGACUCGACAGACUCGAAACGGCAAGAAAUAA